CUCCUCCUCUGUUUCCUCGGCUUCGUAGUCAUUGUGGCAGUCUACAACCUCGUCCCGCGCCUCCGACUGUUUGUCGAACAGCUCACCUAUCCCAAGGCGCCUUCCUUCCACUUCACCCGACCCAUUACCACGUCGACCACCAUGGGCAAGCAUUUCAAGGCGCCUCCGCAGGCACCGCCAACCUUCACGCACAACCCAGAUACGGUGAUCCAAGAGACGAAGCGACUGCUGGCUGCCAACAAGGCGUUGCAGGACAGGCUGGUCAAGGAGGUCACGACUGAAACGGCCUCUUUCAAAAAUGUCGAGCUACCGCUGGCUCAGGACGACAACAAGAUGGCAUUGGAGGCUCACAUCAUUGGCUUCUAUCAGGCAGUUUCCACAGACGCUAAGCUCCGAGACGCGUCAAGCGAGGCGGAGAAGCUAAUGGAAGACUUUGGCAUCGAGUCGGCGAUGCGCGAAGACCUCUUCCAGCUGGUGGAUGCUGCGUUCAAGAAGCACAAAGACGAUCAGAGCUUGGACGCUGAGAGCAAGCGACUGCUGGAGAAGGACCACAAAAGCUACAUUCGGAUGGGUCUCGGAAUCCCUGCGGGGCCUGAUCGAGAUCGCUUCAAGGAAAUCAAGAAGAGGUUGUCAGAGCUGUCCAUCACGUUUCAGAAGAACCUCAAUGAGGAGAAGGGAGGGCUUUGGUUGACUCCAGAAGAGCUCGAAGGCGUUCCGGAAGAUGUCACGAGUGGACUGCAAAAGGGCAAAGAAGGGACCCCAAGUGAAGGCAAAUUGUGGCUCACAUUCAAAUACCCCGAUCUCCACCCGGCACUCAAGUAUGGAAAGAACGAGGCUAUGCGACACAAGUUGUUUGUAGCCAACGAGAACAAAUGUCCUGAUAACGUGAAGCUGUUCAAGGAAGCAAUCGUGCUGAGAGAUGAGGCUGCUCGUCUGCUCGGCUACCCAGAUCACGCCACUUUCCGCAUUGAAGAUAAGAUGGCGAAGACGCCGAAGACGGUGGAUGACUUUCUCGGCGAUCUACGUGAGCGCCUCGCAGCUGGUGGCCGCAAAGAGAUUGAAAAAUUGAAGGAGCUCAAAAAACAAGAGGGCGGAGAUGCCGAGCACUACUACCUUUGGGACCAUCGCUUCUACGAUACGCUCAUGCUUGAGCGUGACUAUCAACUCGAUCAGAAUCGCAUCUCUGAGUACUUCCCCAUUCAGACGUCCAUCAGCGGCAUGCUGAACAUUUUCGAGGAGAUAUUCGGUCUUUCGUUUGUCGAAGUUCAAGGCAAACAUCGCAAUCAGAUCUCAGUAACUGGCAAAGGUGAUGACAUUGUCUGGCAUCCAGACGUCCAAGUGUUUUCGGUCUGGGACAAGGAGGAGGAAGGUGGUGAAUUUGUGGGCUAUCUCUACCUGGAUCUGUUCCCUCGUGACGGGAAAUACGGACAUGCUGCAAACUUCAACCUCCAACCUGGCUUUAUACAGGAGAAUGGCACGCGUCGAUACCCUGCAACAGCACUCGUCUGCAACUUCAGCAAACCCACACCAAAGAAGCCUUCGCUCUUGAAGCACGAUGAAGUCGUCACGCUCUUCCACGAGCUUGGACACGGUAUUCACGAUUUGGUAUCGAAGACAAUCUACAGCCGUUUCCACGGCACCUCUACUGUGAGAGACUUUGUCGAAGCGCCGUCACAGAUGCUGGAGAAUUGGUGCUGGACUCCAUCCCAGAUCAAAAGCUUGAGCAAGCAUUGGUCGUAUCUGUCACCGGAAUAUGAGGCAGCGUGGAAGGAGACGGGAAAGGCGAAGCCUGCACAAGCAGAUAUGCCAGAUGAUCUCAUCAAGUCGAUCGUCAGCACUCGGCACGUCAACGAUGCACUAUUCAACCUUCGGCAAUUGCACUUUGGCAUCUUCGACAUGACCGUCCACGAAGCUGCCUCGCAAGAAUGGAUCAAGAAUGUUGACGCUUCUGAAAUUUACAAUAAGCUUCGCAACGAGAUCAGCAAGCUUGAUGGACCCGAGACUCUUGAUCAAGGAUGGGGCUGGGGCCAUGGGCAGGCUACAUUCGGUCACUUGAUCGGCGGCUAUGAUGCCGGAUACUAUGGCUACCUCUCCAGUCAAGUCUACUCUGCAGACAUGUUUUACACCGUCUUCAAGGAAGAUCCUAUGAAUGGCAAGGAGGGCAGACGUUAUAGACAUAUGGUUCUGGAGAAGGGUGGCAGCCAAGACGAGAUGCUCACGUUGGAGCAAUUUUUGGGAAGGCGACCCAACACGGAGGCCUUUUACAAGGAACUGGGGCUGUCAUAGAUGAAAAGUUCAUGGACACGACUUGAGAAUGCGAAAAGGCUCUUGAUGAAUUUUGGGCCCAGCUCGUCUUGAGAGACAAGUGAGCUGGGACUUUUUUGAUGACCUGAAGUGGAAUGAUCCCAUUUCAUCAGAACAUCUUCCGUUCGAAUACAAAACAUGGCGCUCCGGAGGUAAGGAGGCGGAGGCGGAGGUAGGAGGUAGGAGGUACAUGUAGGAGGUAGCAAUGUAGUAGUAGAGAUUUCCCCACCUCCGCGCGCCACCAAAACGGAGAGUGAGGUGUCCUCAUAAUGACAGAGCUCUGAACUUAGCAAGAGGCUAAGGUAACCUAAGG